UUUCUUCAGUGGUGGUUUAGCUCUGAAUGAUACACGUUAUUGAUAACACACCCUUCCUCUUCCUCUUCCUCUUCUUGUUCUGAUACAGCGUAAGAACAUCUUAGUGUGUGAGAGAAACGCUCAGAAACAAACACAUCCAGAAAAAUAAUCUCAAUAGAGAGAAAAAUACCAAAAUGUUUGCAGGAGAGAACGGACCACAGGAAGACCCAAGAUUGAAGGCCAUUUCUGAUGCCAUUCGAGUAGUCCCCCACUUCCCCAAACCAGGCAUUAUGUUCCAGGACAUAACUACACUGCUGCUUGAUCAUAAAGCUUUUAAGGAUACUGUGGAUAUCUUUGUUGAUCGCUACAGAGAUAUGGGUGUAUCUGUUGUUGCUGGUGUUGAAGCCAGGGGGUUUAUGUUUGGCCCUUCAAUUGCAUUGGCUAUUGGUGCCAAGUUUGUUCCUCUACGUAAACCUAGAAAAUUGCCAGGGGAAAAGAUCUUUGAAGCAUAUGAACUUGAAUAUGGCACCGAUUGUCUGGAGAUGCACAUUGGGGCUGUUAAACCUGGAGAACGUGCUAUAGUCAUUGAUGACUUGGUGGCAACAGGUGGGACACUCUCUGCAGCAAUACGACUUUUAGAACGUGUUGGAGCUGAAGUCGUCGAAUGUGCAUGUGUUAUUGGGUUGCCUGAGGUUAAGGCUUCUCCUUCUAUCACUGCUGCUGCUACUCUUGCUAUGAGAAAGGUGUUAAUUCACUAGAAGAAUAUUCUUGGGAAUUGGAUUUUUUUUUGGGUUUAUGAUUAAUAAUCUAAUUAUAACUCCAUUAGCUUGAUAAAUCUCUUGAUUAGCUUUCCUCAGAUUAUACCACAUUGAGCAUUUGAUGGCUUUGGAAGAUACUUUAACUAGUUCUUUGGGUAUCCUUAUCUCUACCUUCCAUGAGGGUAUUCUCCAACCAAGUCAAUUUGCACAUACAGAUGGCUUUGGUUUUGCUUGGGUGGUCAGCAAACAUAAAGCUAACAGGCUCUUUCUUUGUAGAUUUAAGCUGUUUAGUUUCCAUUACCUUGCCCAUGACUGCCUUCAUCUCAUGGUGCAUUGUCACCUUAUUGGCACAACAUCGAAUGGGUCAUUCGUUGGUUUCAAAGAAAAUUUACUUAAAUUAUUUUUAUUAUUUUCAUUUGGGCAAAUCAUUCUUGUGCUACUGUUAAUAUUGUUGACCGUGCAUUUGGAAUCCUGGUUCACUAAAUGAAAUCACACUCUCCACAGGGACAUCAUAGAUUAAAUGGAAAGCCCCUGUAUAUUCUUGUGGAGCCACGCCAGUGAACUAGCUGUACUGAUUGACAUGGCUUAGACAUGGAGACAACAUGAUAUAUGCGUGUUCCUGUUCUCCAACCACAUAAUCCCGAAUAGGGUUAUCCCAGUUUUAAUUUUUUUGUUGUAAUCUUCUUUGCUAGGGUAGAUGUUGAUGUUUCUUUUGUAGGCCUUUUUUCCUUUUAGCUUUCUGUAAUUCAAUUGAUCAUGGUUCAGUGUUAUUAUGCAUUUUCCUUUGUCAU